AUACACUCAGCUGCAAUGUUGCUCAAACUUGUACAUCGAUAUACUUUACCAUCUCCAAUAUAUACAACAAUUGAAUUUUCAUCCGGCAAAAUGUCACAAGCAACAGGUGUUACAUCCAAGAGCCCCCUAAUCUCAGCUAUAAUCUCUGGCAUACUCAGCUUGGUUAUUUUUGUAUCGCUACGCUUCUAUGCCCAUUUGUUUACCACGCAGCUAAACAUUUUAUUGGGCGGAUAUCUUUAUUCAUGGCUCUUCAUAUUAGGGCUCACUUGUUUGUCCAAUGCUGAGAUGGUCAUAUUUGGUCCCGAGUUUCAAGCCAAGCUUAUACCAGAAAUAUCUUUGUGUCUAUCACUAACAGUUUGUGCAGCAGCUUUUGUGCACCGUGUGUGUGCAACAACUUGUAUACUCUUCUCAUUAGUGGGAUUGUAUUUCUUAAAUCGAAUCUCUACAAGCUACUACUCGACCGCAGCGGUUACUGUGGAAGGCCAUCAACGCAAAAGCGGCAAAAAAUUCAAAUAAAUACAACUACAAUUAUACAUGAAUAAAUAUAUAUACAAUUACAUCUAGAGUGU